AUGGCCAUGUUCCAGGAGUCCUUGACCUUCCGGGACGUGUUUGUGGACUUCACCCUGGAGGAGUGGCGAUGUCUGGACUCGGCUCAGAAGAACCUGUACAGGGAUGUCAUGCUGGAGAACUACAGCCACCUGGUUUCCGUGGGACAGCUAGUUCCCAAACCCGAUGUGGUCAUCAGAUUGGGACAAGGAGAAGAGGCCAGGACGGCAGAGGGAGAGACCCCGACGCGGAACCCUCCGGAAUUCUGGCAAGUGCAUGACCAGAUGGACAACCACAAGGAAAGCCAAGACCAACGUCUGUGGCCGACUGCGUUCGUAGACCAGGAAACACAGAAGGACCAGAGUGGCCAGGAAUUGACAACAUUCAGGACAAUCAUUUAUCCGGGCACAGACUUUGUUUCUAUAAGACAAAGACUCCCUAGAUAUUAUUCAUGGAAGGUGUUCAAAACAUAAUUUAAACUUUCUCUGUCAAAGCAGAAGUUCUGUAAGAAAGAAAGGUGA